UAGGAAACUAAAGGGAAAGUCUGUGCCAUUCUGUAGCCCCACUAAUUUGUUUCUGGAACGAGCGCUUUUGUGAGGGCCCAGCAUAAAUACAAGCUUUAAACUUUCAGAACUCUUUAAUCGUAGUUUCAGUUACACGAAUGCGUAUUUUUUACGAAAUUCCAGGAUUGCCCGUCUAGUUGUAUCCAUUUCCUUUGCCCACAUCCUGCCAUAUCCACUGCUUAUCCCACCACUUCUACGUUGAUGAUGAUACAUCCUUCGACCAUCAGAUGGCAUUAGUUUCUCUGGUUACGCCAGGUGUGUCGGUAAAGUAGUGGGCUGUUAAAUUCACCGGUGAACGUUUCGCUGUGGUGUAACGCGACUGGUGAUGUGUCGUGCGAGAUGCUGUGUUGGCAGGAAAAGAAUAUUGGAAUCAUAAAAUUAUGCCGAAGAAAUGUUUUGAAAAUCAAGAAGUUUUGAGUAUCCUUGUGAGCAGACAAAAGAAAAACAUUCAUGUCUGGAGAAUAAGAAAUAGCUGCCAGGCAGGUUAUACUCUGCCAUGAAGAAUCACAAUCAUUUGAACUCAGUUAAUAUUGGUGAGAACAUUACAAAUUCAUUAAAACAUCAAGAUUUAAGUGAUCGGCAAGAAUUAUGUGACACUGGUGCUGAUGAAAGUAGUGGGAAAAUUUACCACUCAAGUGACAGGGUAAAGGACAGGAUCAGAAGAAUGGAUGAUAUUUUACCUAUAGAGACUAAGGAGGGACUUUUGAAUUGCAGAGCCAUGUUCUUUCUUAUUCUGUGGUAUUUCUUCAGUGGUUGUACAUUGUUCCUCAACAAAUACAUUCUUUCCUACAUGAAAGGUGAUCCAACUGUGUUAGGAGAAUCAACUGGCCUGUAUGUUAAUUUAUCUCUCAUUCCUGUCAUGAGUGGGUUGGCACUAUGUUCAGCCAACGAAUUGAGUUUUGAUGCUCGAGGAUUUGUUGCUGCAAUGGCUACUAAUCUCACUGAGUGCUUGCAAAACGUGUAUUCCAAGAUGCUCAUUAGUGGCGACAAAUUUAAAUAUACACCUGCUGAACUUCAAUUCUAUACUAGUAUUGCCUCGGUAGUUGUACAGAUUCCAGCCUCCCUUUUUUUAGUGGACUUAUCUGGUAUUCAGAAAACAACAGACAUUACUCUUUUUUGUGCAUUUAUUCUUAAUGGCAUUUUCUUCCAUUUUCAAAGCAUAACUGCUUAUGUGUUAAUGGAUUAUAUUAGUCCAGUAACACACAGUGUUGCCAACACAGCUAAAAGAGCAUUUUUAAUAUGGUUGUCUGUUUUAAUGUUUGGGAAUCCAGUUACAUUACUGAGUGGAUUGGGAACUUGUAUAGUCAUUAUUGGUGUUUUGCUCUAUAACAAGGCGCAAGAAUAUGACAGGCUCAAUCGAAAUAAGGUUGGUGAGAAAAAAUCUACUUCAAGGCUCUCCUGAAUAAUGUACUGAUACUGUGAAAUAAUUUUUAGUGAACUGGUUUGAAAUAUAUUUAAAGAGAAGAGAUUUGUAAAUAUGUAUAUUGAUUAAAAAAUUCAAGUGAAUUGCAGGUUAUUUGAGAAACUACAAGAAUUAUUUUGUAAUGAUUUUUAAGCAUUUAUUGAGCAUUAUAAUGAACUUUGAUAUAUUCUUUAGUAUUGAAAUAGUAUGAUUGUGUCUAGUAGAACAUGUCUACAUUUUUUUCCUAUUAUUACUGUUAAUUUUGUCCCUCUAUACAUUAAUUUAAUUCAGCAAUCAAAGAUUUUAAUUUUGAUAUGUAUGAUACAUUUCACAUCCAGAGCAUAAAAUACAAUUUUAUAUUCACAAUAGGGUGAUUGAGAAAUAUUGCUACAUAUACCAGCUUUUAUAUUGAUUUUGUAACCAAGAAAUCUUCAAUUUUUAUAUUAUUUUCUGAGAAUUUCAUAAAUUCUUUAUGCAGUAGUGCUCGGGAUACUAAUACACAACCCGUUUUGAUAGAAUAGAUUGUGAUGUCAUUGUGAUUCUCAAGUGAAAUAUUCUAUGUAAAUUGUGCAAAUUAUGGCGCAGAUAAGCUUGUUCCAUGAACAAAAUAUUUAUUUCAUGUGCUAGAGUUAAUUAUUGAAAAUAAGUCUUCCUAAAGCAAAUUCAGAAUUUCGUAGUUUACUCCACUUUUCUGUUAUAGUGAUUCUGCCUGUUUUGCACUUUUCCAUCCCUGUGGAUUUUACGGCAUCACUUACGUGAAGUUCUUGCAAGUUGAAGAAAUGCCGUAGAACCUACUUGCACUGCGUUAUUUUUUUAGUGCUGAAUUUUGUUUCCUAUUGUUAAACAUUUCCAUUCCUCACAUUUUAGUUUUUUGCAAGUGUGUAUAGUAAGUUAUUGACUCAGUCUGUGAUUAUGUAGAAAUUCAUUGUUUUUAUAACUUGGUUAUGAAUGACGACUUAUUUCAUGAAGUAAAAAACACAUUGCAUGCAAAAGUAUUGAGUCCAGUCGUGCAAUUAAUUCUUUCUUUACAUUCCUUAUGUUUACAUCAUGUUCUGGACUUGGUGCCUGGGACCCUGCCCAUUGUAUAUUAUAUGUUCAAGAUUAUUUCGUUUUAUCACUCAUUGAAUAUUGAAACCCGAUGGCACUUAUUUUUACAUGAUUUGUUUGCGGUGGAUAUUGAACAAGUGUAUAAUACAAUCAUGUUAUGUUCAUUCAAAGAAUUUUUUAAUUAGGGAAUGCAUUUUAAUGUUGGUUUAAUUGAAAAGAGCGUACUUGGGUGUGGUAGAUGUAGUAUAUGGUUAAGAUUUCUUUUGUGACUGAUGCUGUUUGUAUUGUUUACUCAUUGAAAAGAUGUUUUAUUGUGUGAAAUGUCAAUGAUCACUGUGGUGAAAUUGUGUGUUAAAAGUUGCUGUAGUUAUAAUGCAAUGAUUUCUUCAGUUUAACUGAAGAGAUGCACAACAAUGCUUCGCUAGCCAAGUUUUGUUAUUAAAUUAUAUUAUUUUCAUGAAAUGAAAGAUUUGUUUGUGUGUGUCGUGUAAUGGAUUCCCAUUGUGUAAUGUUAUGGGUUAUUUUGAUUUUUAAAAUUGUGUUCCUAUCCUGCCUUUUGCAUGGUACCUGAAGGUUUGGUAAAGGUGUAAUGAAUUUGUUGCAACUGAAAGUAAAUAUAUUUAUUGUAGAUGUUAGUAGUGUUAGCUGAAUAAGUUAAAUUUAUUUUUCUUUACCAUGCAGCUUAUCUGUUCCAUUUUUUGCAUUGUGAAAGUUAGUGGUGUCGUGUUGUAAUUUUGUCAAUGACUGAUAUAUAAAACCGUUCAGAAUGGAUGUGUAGUACAUAAUAAAGUUUGAAAUUAGAAAUAUGAAGGGCUUUUUCACUAAAUCUUGUUUCAGAAUGCUGGCAAUAUUUUGAAUUGGGUGAAACCCAAAAUACGGACUAUAUGAUCAGUUAUAUAAACAUCGAAGGUUACCUGAGAAGCCAUUCCUUUUGGAUUAAAAGAUGCUUGUGAGAGUUUUUCAAGUCGAGACCACUUUUACAUUGUAAAUAUUUUUCAUGUGUUGAAUUUGUGUAUAUGUGAUAUUGUCAUUGUUGUAUUUAAUUAAUUUUUGUAAAAAUACAAUGAAUAUAUGUAAUUAUAUUGUAUAAAUUCACGUUUUCCAAUGAUUUUGUCUAAAAGGCUGGGGGAGGGGGAGAGUUCAAUUUAUUUCAUGAAAUGUUCUUGGUUUACCCAAAUUAAGGUAAAUAUAUAAUGAGCCAGUGAACAGAACUUUUUUUAGGUAAAUGAAUUUUUCUCAUCACCAUUUAAAGCCAAUAAUCCAAACUUUUGUUAGCCUGCUUAUACAGUUUUGUGGGUGUGACUUACAAGAUGGUUUAGAAAUGCACAUGGUUAUCUACAUUACUUUUUAAAGAAAUGAAAAGAGUAAGGGCCUCUGAUUGUACCUGAAAUUAUCUGGAAGUCCAUAUUUUAAUGUGUGCAUACAGUUGAUUGAGUAUCAAUUUUGUUAAUCCAUUAACCUCAAAAUACUAAUAUAACCAAAUGUUUGCACUUUGGAGCGCUCUAGUAGCAAUUAUGUAGCAACACAACAAUUGGGUUGCACUGAAAGUUGCAAAAGCAUGCUACCAUAGAGCUCCAAUAAUGUGCAUACACAAACGCGAUUACAAUGAUCGAGUGCUAUGUGUACAAAAUUAAUUUGGACGUUAAUGGGUCUAGUAAAAACAAAACAUAUAAACUAAAUUUGCUGUUGAUGAGGGUCUCAUCAGACUUGUCUGUGACCGCGUCACUUUACAUUAAAUAAAGUAAAAUGAAAAUAAACACAAGGUGGAUAAAGAUAAUAUUUAAAAUUAAUCAAUUUCUUUCCCACUCAUAUUAAGACUUUUAUUUAAAGAAGAUUGAGAUGAAGGUCAUAAUUCAGUUUUUUCUUCUCACACUUGAGUUAUUUCUUUUGCUAAAAUCUUUUAUUUUUUAUUUCACCUCUGAAAUUCUUUAUUUUUAUAGUAAUUUAUCUUUCGUCAGAAUUAUACCCCUACCAGCAAUUUUUCACUCUUAACUUUUGUUGUUGUAAUAUGUUUUAGCUUCAGCCAUAAAAGGCUCAUUUUGAAAGGGGAUGGAGGUACUGGGUUAGACUAUUGAGAACUGGCAGCUUGAGGUGAACUCUCUGCAAGUUUUAUUGGUGUCAGCUACUGUACAUUGUGCCAUGAUAGUCUAGCAACUUCUGACUGUGCUAGUAUGCCAACCUUCAACAAUUGCACCAAUGCUGAAGACAUUCCUUUCAAUGUGUUGAACCCCAGCCACAAUUUGUAACAGGUCUUGUACCUAUUCAGUUCACUAUACAUCAUUACAGUUGAAUUGCAACAACUUUGCUGUGCUGCUGUUUCUUUUUAAGAAAUAAGAAGACAACAGGGUUUGUACCAUAUAUUACAUCUAGUUCUUCAGCCAAUGUCCCUACGUAGUAUACAGGGCGGAUUUACCUACAAGCAAAACAAGCAGGUGCUUGGGGUCCCCGCGUU